GAGGGACAAAGACUUUGAGAGUGAAUUGGGAACAAAGAGAGGAGGAAAGAGACACAGAGACACCCAGAGGGAGGCAGAGAGAGGCAACCACAGAUGAGGGGAGAGGAGGAAGGAGACAGAAAACAGAGUGUGGGGACACCCACAGGCACAAUGGGUGGCCUAAGAGUGGGUAGAGUAUAGGGGGCAACGGAGAGGGCUGGGAACCAACAGAGACAGGAGAGGGAAAAGAGGGUGAGACACCCAGACAUAAGGAAGGUGAAGAGAGACUCCUACAGAAGGAAAGAGACUGAGAUUGGUUAAAGAGAGAGUGAGAAGGAGUCAAAGAAAUAAACUGGGCAACACAGAGAGGAACAUAUACCCAGAGGGAGACAAAGACAUCUUCCAAGCUCGCCAGAGUCAGACGGACCCCAGGGGAGACACAGGCAGACCUCCUCCAGCGGGCUCUCACCCUCGGCUCUGCACAGCAAGGACCCACGGGUUCAGGGGGCUCUGGGGACAAGCUGGUCUCUGUGGAGCCCAGACGAGGGGCGCCUGCCCGGGGCCAGCCAACACCAGGCGACCCUCAGAUGGACCUCAGGGCCCCUGAGACCCCUGAGGAUGGGGACCCAGAGGAAGACACAGCCACGGCCCUCCAACGGCUGGUGGAGCUGACGGCCACCAGGGUGACCCUGGUGAGGAGUCUCCAAGCCCAAUAUCGCCUCAUCCGAAAGCUGGGCUCUGGUUCCUAUGGCCGUGUGCUCCUCGCCCAGCCUCGCCACGGGGGUCCAGCUGUGGCUCUGAAGCUUCUGCGUCGGGACUCUGUCCUGAGAACCACCUUCCUGAGAGAGUUCUGUGUGGGCCGCUGCGUCUCCUCACACCCGGGCCUGCUGCAGACACUGGCAGGACCCCUGCAGACACCCCGCUAUUUUGCCUUCGCCCAGGAGUACGCGCCCUGUGGGGACCUCAGCGGGAUGCUCCAGGAAAGGGGCCUCCCAGAACUGCUGGUGAAGCGGGUGAUGGCCCAGUUGGCCGGCGCUCUGGACUUCCUCCACAGCCGGGGGCUGGUCCAUGCAGACGUCAAGCCAGACAAUGUGCUGGUCUUUGACCCUGUGUGCAGCCGUGUGGCCCUAGGUGACCUGGGUCUGACCCGGCCGGAGGGCAGCCCGACUCCUGCACCCCCAGCCCCGCUGCCCACUGCACCGCCUGAGCUCUGCUUCCUCCUGCCGACCGACACCCUGCCCCUGCGGCCGGCCAUGGACUCCUGGGGCCUGGGGGUGCUUCUAUUCUGUGCAGCCACUGCCUGUUUCCCUUGGGAAGUGGCCUUGGCCCCCGACCCUGAGUUCGAAGCCUUUGCUUGUUGGAUGACCACCAGGCCCCAGCCUCCUCAGCCACCACCACCCUGGGACCAGUUUGCACCCCCAGCUUUGGCCUUGCUCAGGGGGCUUCUAGACCUGGAUCCUGAGACUAGGAGCCCUGCACUGGCUGUCCUGGACUUUCUGGGGGACAACUGGGGGUUGGAGGGAAACAAAGAAGAACCUGGGGACUUGGGGAAUGAGUCCUGUAAGGGUGAGGAGGAAGAGGAAGAGGGAGGGUCAAGCUUGGAGGACUGGACAGAUGAAGAGAAUGACGACAGAGGUGGCAGGAAGACAGGGACAGAUGCAGGAUCGUCCUGACCAGGUGACUGAGACAGGUGGCCAGAGCAUGGGCCAAAGGCCCUUCCCCCAGCUCCCAUGGCCACCUGGAUGGGGAGACAGCUGCUCCCAGAAGACAGAGGGAACACACUGCACUUCUUCCCACUGAAUGCUGGACUUGGAUGUGCAAUCCCCCCUCCAACUGAGGACCCAGGGGUCUAGGCCCCCACCCCCUCCUCCCUCAGACCCCUAGGUACCCCUAGCUCCUCCUCCUUCAGAGCCAGGGAUCCAGGCCCUCAGCCCCUCCUCCCUCAGACCCAGGGCUUCCCCCAGCCCCACCUCCCUCGGAGCCCUUCCUCUUCCUUCUAUUCCAAGUGUUUGUUCUUAAAGGAAGGCUCUGGUUCCCCCUCCCCAUAGAUAGGUUUCUGUGCAAACGUGUUGAAUGCACAUCAAGGAGUUCUGACAGAAUUACUCCUCUCCUCUAAGAUCUUCAGUGACUCCCACUGUCCAUGGCACAAAAUCUGAACUUUCAGGAUCCGACACCAUGUACAUCUCACCCUCUAGCUCUCCCAUUCCUCUAGGGUCAGGUGUCGCCAUGGGAUGCUGGCAGACUUUGGUACACCUUGUGCCCUCCACUGAGAUCACCUCUCUCAGCCCCAAGGCUCUAGGGAGUAUUCCCCAACCCCAGCUCUCUCUGGCGUUCAGAGGAACUUGUAUCAGAAUGAUUCAUUUCUCUCUGCUUUUCUGUCUUCCAUCUCUGAUUGUCCAGGAUGGACCUUUUUCAUUUCUAAAUCCUUCCAGGUUUUGCUCCCACAGAGCACCACAGUUUGUGAUUGUCCAAGUGCCACCCAUCUUUCUCAGACCUGUCCAUCCUAGGAGCCAGGCCUGGUUCUGACGGGCCCCAUCAUUUCCCUGGGCCAACCUGGGCCCCAGUUUUCCCACCCACCACCCUGAUGAUAUAUGGACCUCUGGCUUGGCUCAUUCCUGCAGGAUAGGGGCUGGAUAGAUCCAAUUCUGUGUCCCUGGCACCCAGGAAUAAGAGUCUGAGUUUCCUCAGUGGGAAUUUAUGCUUUCUAGAUUGAAAAGCAAGCUUGCUUAGUGUAGCACAGCAUUUUGAGCUGGUCCAGGGACAGAGAAAGGCUCCAAUUGGUUACGCAGGGGAAACGGGAAGAGUCUAGCACCCCAGUAAAGUUUUUGUUCUCUCACACGCACCUUUGGUUGUGUUAAGAUGCCAUUGUUGGGGGAAGCUGGGUGAGGGGUACAUGGGAACUGCACAAUGUUUGCAACCAUACUGCAAAAUCUACAGUUAUUCCAAAUAAAGUUUAUUUUAAAAAAUAAAAUUAAGGCUUGGCACCCAUAGCACAGUGGUUAUGGCGCCAGCCACAUGCACCCAGGUUGGCAGGUUUGAACCUGGCCCAGGCCAGCUAAACAAAGACAACUACAACAAAAAAAUAGCCGGGCGUUAUGGUGGACACCUGUAGUCCUAGCUACUUGGGAGGCCGAGGCAAAAGAAUCGCUUAUGCCUUUGAGGUUGCUGUGAGCUGUGACACCACGGCACUCUACCAAGGGUGACCCAGUGAGACUCUGUCA